AGAAAACCGAACUUCAACCGGCAUCGACGGCAAGAAACCUCGGGAUAUCAUUGGGAUAAUUCAAAUCACAGCCAUCGGGCCCCCAUCUCGAGGGGUCACUUGCAUCAUGGGACAGCGCGCAUCAACUGAGGAGACGCGCAUCCAGGACCGAGCUAGAGGAUACAUGGGGACGUACGUUGACCUGGGCAAGCACGUCGACCAAGCAAACGAAUGGGCAAAGCUGUGUCCGACCCCCAAGACGUGUCAACUUCGCUUCCGCAUCAUCCUCAACGAACGCAUUGCCACCGAGCUGGUUCCAUUCAUGUGGAAACUGGACGGAAACGUGAUGGUAGAAGUCCGCAAGUUUCGACGGCGACACCCCCCCGACGACUCGGACACGCACAUCUCGAGCAACACCAUUGGCGCCGCCAAGUGCUUGUCGUUGUAUCAGUUUUACUUUAUUUAUUGCUUCUUGUCGGACGUGAACGACUGUGCCAUGCAUUCCGUGGCGAUGCAUCCGUUGUUCAGUGACAAAGCAUUCGACGAUCGCGAGUGUCAGAUCUGCAUGGACACGGACAAGGAGGUCGUGUUGCCGUGCUCCCAUAGCUUUUGCCUUCUUUGCUUUCAAACCUGGAGCUCGCAAAACCAGACGUGCCCCAUCUGCCGCAGUCAACUGCACUGCGCCGAAGGCGAGGAACUGUGGCAUCUGUCGUCGUCCAGGGGUAUCAGCAACCUUGCGUCGUACGCGCAGGACUUGGUGUCGCGGAUCUACGAGUUUCUCGAUAAGCAGCCCGUGAGUCGCUUCUCGGACGCGCACGUCCACGCGUCCAACGUCCGCUACACGAUGUGGCGCAUGCAAACCAUCCAAAGCGACCUGGAGCAACCGCAGGACCCAUCGCCAUGUUCCAUCACAACCAGCCACGGACCAGAGAACGAUGCAUCUCUCCAUCCGGAUUACAUCUUCGCGUUGGCCGUGGCCGGCGGUGACGACCAGGAGCUGGCGCUGGAGGAGUGCCGAAGGCAGGUGCAUUUCCCGACGCUUACGUACAUGUCGUCGGUGCCGAUGCCGUCGCUGGCCGAGUUUGUCUCGUCGAACCAUAGUCGUAGCGACGUAGCCUAGUAAUUUAUGUAUGUUCACGUGAAUACUAGUAUAAAUGAUAGCACUACUAUUAAUAUUUCCAAAUACCCAUGCUAUAGUAGUACCA